GACAAAACCAGGACCCAUCGUAACCCCGAUGCCACGGAACUCUCCGCAGCAUGGACCGUUCUGCUUCAAUUGUGCCGGCGAGGGUCAUUUUGGCCACAGGUGUCCGUUCAAGAGACGCGGCUUUUUCAGCACUCCUUUCAUAGUGUCUUACGCCAUUCCGAGGUGGGACGAACGUGUGGACGAAGACUACGGCCCACACAGAAAGAAGAGGAAACCCGAGAGGUGGCAGAAUCAUUCUUAUAACGUGUCAGCAGAGACUGCUUGGAACGAGCCAGCUGGCAGACGGAGAAAAAAGAAAAAGAAAGGCCCAAAAGGAACUCAAAACGGAGAAGCGGACCGGACGAUAGCCACUCACAAGAACUGCAAACUGUUGCUGAAGCAGAAGAAGAAGAAAGAAGCUACCAUGAAACGGAAACAGAAAAGAAGAGAGAAGCAACAGGCAGCCAAGGCCACGAGGAAGGUGGAGGAACGCAAAGCAAAGGUUACAAAGAAGAACACAAGUAAGAAAGGGAACAGCACAAAGAAGCGUCCAGGAGUUGUGCACCUGCAAUCUGCAAGCUAGCAGGAAUAACUUACAUUUCUAUUUUUCUUGUUUUCCUUUUCAAGCCACAGUUUGUAAUAAAAAUUGGGCCCACGUG